CGCAGGUGGCGACGAUCGGGCGUGGGGCCGCAGGGGCGCCUCUGUGCGCCCGGGGUCCGUCUAAUUUUUUCCCCGGCGCUUCUCCGACUACGAUCUUGACACCGGCCGGCUCGCCGUGACACCAGGUCAAGACCCUGCAGCCUCGCGCACGCACCUUGUCGAGUUUACAUCUACCGCCCACGAGAUGGCUCCUGCUAAUGAUGCCGCCGCUGACACUGCGGUGCCGGCAAAGGCCGCCAGUGCGGAUGCGGACGCCGCCGCGUUGCCGGCGAGGAGGGACGACGCGGUCGUUCCAUCCCCCUGGAGAGAUGCGCCCCGUGCGGCGGACGCCUGCGUGCCUAUCCUGGGCGUCGCCGAGCUGUGGCCGGAACUGUCCCGCAGCGUGGCGGCGGCCAAAGGGAAGAAGGCGCCGGCGGCCUCUUCCUCCACCGCUGCCGCUGCUCCAAACCCCAUGGCUGCACUCCGUGAACAGGGAGCAACCAAUAAACAAAUCCACGGCGCUCCCACUGGCCGUCACAGCGAUCGCACCGUCGUCCCAACUGCUGCCGCGGAACCGGAGCAGCCGCCGAUGCACGCGUCGAGCCACAGGAUCAGCCGCAAUGCCGGUGUGCGAGGCCACCACCACCAGAGCGGCCGUUUCGUGCCGCACCACCACGGCCGAGGCGGCCAAGGGUUCCACGGAGGACGAGGGAGCAGGAGGCCGGCCGGCAGCGCUACCGGCAGAGGCAACGCCCAUGCCAAUGGCAGCAGCACCUACCUCAACAGAGGCGGCGGCCGGCACGGGCAGGGGCACCGUGGAGGGUUCAACAGGCAACCGCAUGGGAGGGGUCACGAGGACCGGCACACGCCAUUGGGUCAUCCAGAAGGAUAUGUCGAAGCACCGCAUCACAUGCAUCCACCACCGUUGAUGUUGCCGUUCAUGCCCAUGGUGUCGGGUUUCACCGUCAUUAUAUAA